AUGUCUCGGGCUGUUCAACUUCAAAUCCCUUGUCCUGUUCAGAUUGGAUCCUUAAGAAAUGACUCUUUAGAAGCUGAGCUUCAUGAGUAUGUCAAGCAAGGGAACUAUGUGAAAGUGAAAAAGAUUCUUAAGAAAGGGAUUUAUGUUGAUGCAGUUAACUCCCUGGGCCAGACAUCACUUUUUGUUGCAGCAUUACUAGGCCUUACAAAAUUAGUUGAUGUUCUGGUGGAUUAUGGAUCAGAUCCAAAUCACCGCUGCUUUGAUGGAAGCACCCCUGUCCAUGCAGCAGCAUUUUCAGGCAAUCAGUGGGUCCUGAGCAAACUGCUGGCUGCAGGGGGUGACCUCCGACUCCAUGAUGAGAAGGGCCGGAACCCACAGACCUGGGCCGUGGCAGCAGGAAAGGAGCGCAGCACUGGGAUGCUGGAGUUCAUGCAGCGCUGUGCCUCACACAUGCAGGCCAUCAUUCAGGGUUUCUCCUUUGACCUUCUGAAGAAGAUUGACUCUCCUCAACGAUUCAUCAGCAGCCAGCCUCGGUUUGGGGGCCUUAUGCAGGGAAGUCCCAAUGGUUCUCCUAUCCGACCACUUAAAGCUGGAGUGAUUUCUGCUCAAAAUAUCUACAGCUUUGGUUUUGGGAAGUUUUAUCUUACAGGGGGAACACAGCUUGCCUAUCUAGGAUCUCUGCCAGUAAUUGGAGAAAAGGAAGUGAUUCAAGCUGAUGAUGAGCCCACCUUCUCUUUCUUCAGUGGCCCCUACAUGUUUAUGACCAACCUGGUGUGGAAUGGGAGCAGGGUCACAGUGAAGGAGCUGAAUCUUCCCACCCACCCACCUGGCAGCAGGCUGAGGCUGGCUGACUUGUUAAUUGCUGAGCAGGAGCACAGCAGCAAGCUGCGGCACCCCCACCUGCUGCAGCUGAUGGCUGUGUGCCUGUCCCAGGACUUGGAGAAGACUCGCCUCGUGUAUGAGCGUAUCACUGUGGGCUCACUAUUUGGUGUCCUCCAUGAACGGAGAUCCCAGUUCCCUGUGCUGCAUAUGGAGGUGAUUGUGCACCUGCUGCUCCAGAUCUCAGACGCCUUGAGAUACCUGCAUUCCCGGGGGUUCAUCCACCGUUCCCUCAGCUCCUACGCGGUCCACAUAGUCUCUGCUGGGGAAGCAAGGCUGACCAACCUGGAAUACAUGGUGGAAAGCCAGGAUGGAGGUGUACACAGGGAUCUGACUCGAGUACCUCUCCCCACCCAGCUGUACAAUUGGGCCGCCCCAGAGGUGAUCUUACAGGAAACAGCCACAGUGAAAUCGGACAUCUACAGCUUUUCCAUGAUCAUACAAGAGAUUUUAACAGACAAUAUACCAUGGGAUGGCUUAGAUGGCACAGUUAUAAAAGAAGCCUUAACCUUGGGGAAUUAUUUGGAAGCUGAUGUCAGACUUCCAAAACCUUACUAUGAUAUUGUUAAGUCAGGCAUCCAGGUCAAGCAGAAAGACCGAACUAUGAACCUUCAAGAUAUACGUUAUAUUCUGAAGAAUGACUUAAAGGAAUUUAUUGAAGGCCAGAGAACUCAGUCAACUGAGAGUCCCAGGGUGCAGACAUAUGAACUUCAUCCUGAUGUCAAUGUCUGUCUGGGGUUGACUUCAGAGCAUCCAAAAGAGACCUCUGACUUUGAAAUAAGGGAACUGAAGGAAAUGGGUAGUCAGCUUCCUUCACCAAGGAGUCACUCUUCUCCCACAGAGAAAGCAGCACCAGAUCCUCAGACUCCAGAUCCAAGUCUGACAGCCAAGGAAACUCAGAACCAAGAUACUGUUUUCCUUACGUGCUCUGUGGCAGCAGAAUCUAGAAGUCCCAGCCCAGGUCAGACGAGCCUCUGUAGUUUUGAAAUCAAUGAAAUCUACUCGGGCUGCCUGGACAUAGAAGAGGACAAAGAGGAAGAGCCCCCGGGAGCUAGUUCACUUUUUGAGGGGAUUAAUUCAAACCAGGUAGAUGAACUGAAAUCCAUGGAAGAAGAGUUGGAAAAGAUGGAGAGAGAGGCAUGCUUUUUAUGUGAGGAGGAAAGCAUUUCAGACGUUGACACAGAGCUCCCCAUUGAGGAUUGGGACUGGCAAAAUGGCUCCUGUAGUUCACCCAGCAUCCCUGAGACAGCCAGGGAGGCCAAAGGCAAUGUAAGCAACAAGUCCAUGACCGAGGAGUACAUCAGUAAGUGCGUGCUGAACCUCAAGAUCUCACAAACACUAAUGUACCAGAAUGCCGAUUUGCUGAGGAAUACCCAACAGAAAAUAGAUAAGCUUGAGAUGAUACAGAAAGAACAGGAGGCGCACAGGUCUUUGUGGGCAUCUUCAAGAGAGUUUUCAAAUGUCUAUAGCUCACCUUCAGCACUGGGCCCUCCAGCUUUGAGCUAUAUUCCUCCCGUCAUGCAGUUGCCAGGGGGCCAGCAACCAGCAGAUACCAGUAGUAGUUGCCUGACCUUAAUAAGGCCUCCAGAAACAGUGAGAGACUUCCAAGGAGGAAAGUUUGAUAAAAGGCAGAAGAGACAAAGUGAUUGUGAAUGGAAAUCUUUCACCAAAAUCUCUGAAGACAGCACUGGGGAUCAGACAGAGAAGAGCCAUCAGCUGCCAACUCUUUGUUGCCUUGGAAAACAGAGCAUAGGUGAACAGUUUCAGCCCAUACGAGGAGCUAAGAGCAGUUUGGCAAGGAGCAGGACCCAACAUGCCAGCAGCCAAGGAACACCUAGAGAGCCUGGCUCCCGAGCCAAGGUGACACAGCAGAAUAGUGUACACUUCACCAUCUCAAGCCACCCUCUGGGACCUCCCAAGUCAUCAAGUUUUGGACUGGCGUCUGCCAGGCUUGGUAAAGAAUCUGUGUCUUCUGAAAUGUACAACGCAAAGUCAAGAAAUAAUGAAGAUACUGGAGAUAUGCACUUAACAUGGAAAAUGGAGGUGAAAGAAAUGGCAGAGAAAGCAGCUACUGGGAAGCUGGUGAUACCUUCUUGGCAUCCUCAGAGUAGUUUGACUUCACAGAGUAAGACUGGAAAUGAUUCUGAUCGCCUGCUACAGACUCCCACUAGGGACCCAGAGAAUGUGAACUGGCAGCUAGUUGUAGACUACCCCAGGAAAAAUGAUGGAGAAAGCAAGUGUGACAAAAUGAAUUGCAGUGACCAUGACAAUGACCAGCAUGGCAGACAGCCUGGGCCUCAAAGCUUCACUGGUGUCAGGCACCUGUCCUCAGGAAAAAAUGAGCAUCCAGAACAUAGUGAAGUCUUUCAAGCAAGUUCUGAUCCAUCUGUUGAGAAAUCUUACAGUGACCGGUCUGUACAAUCAACUUGCUCACCAGAGUCUUCUGAGGACAUAACAGAUGAAUUUUUAACUCCAGAUCAUGAAUAUUUUUACUCCUCGAUUGCUCAAGAAAACUUAGCCCUUGAGACCUCCAGCCCCAUAGAUGAGGACUUUAAAGGAAGACAAGAUGCAUUUGGCCAGCCUCAAGCCUCUGGUGAAGAAAAGUUCCAAAUCAGAAAAGACUUUGGAAAGAGUCCUGAGGUUCUGAUCAAUUCUCAGUUCCAACUUAUACAAAGAGCCAGAGAUGAACUAGAGAAGACAUUAAAGGAACCUUCAAAAGAGAAAGACAUAACAUUCACUGACAUUCAAGACCUAUCUAGUAUUUCCUGUGAACAAGAUGGUUCUGCUAAGGAAGCCUCAUGCAAAACACCUAAAAUAAGCUAUGCACCUACUAGUGUGAGCACUCCACUCAGCCCAGGGUCAGUUUCUUCAUCUGCCAGUCAAUAUAGAGACUGUCUUGAAAACAUUGCAUUUUCAGUUAAAACAGUCUCCAGUUCACACUGGGACAGUGAAGACCCUAACCAAACUUUCUCUGACAAAUUUGUAACUGUUCGAGAAAAAGCGAAGAGCCUAAAUUCCCUUAUUUCCUCACAAACUCCUCCUUCCAAGCUGACUGAUCUUAAAAAGGUGUCUUCAUUUACUGGGACUGGCUCUUCCAGCAUUGCUAAGGCACCGCCUGACUCAGUAUACCAUGCUACCCAGAGAAGAAGCCUGCCAAAAGAACUGGUAGAAGCCAUCUCACAGCAUCACGUUGAUGAGCUACCACCACCAUCUCAGGAGCUACUUGAUGAAAUUGAGCGCUUAAAGAAGCAGGAGGUUUCAUCCAUAGUGUUGGAUGAGAAUGCAUCAAGUCAUCUGGUCAUCUCUGAAAAGGAUCAAAGACACUUAGAAGAACAAGAAACUAGCAGUAGAACAGGAGAUAGCAGUGUGCUUUGGAACAAAGAAACCCAGGAUUUAGAAGAAGACACAGAGAGAGCUCACUCUACUCUGGAUGAGGACCUAGAAAGAUGGCUGCAGUCACCUGAGGACAACACGGAACUGCAGGAUCUUCCCAAGGCCUCUGCAAGGGAAACAAAUACCAAGGAUCAAGAAGUUGGUGAAAAGAAGAGGAAAGAGGAAGCAGGCAUCAAGCCAGAGAAAAGAAAAUCAGAGAGCUUUUUAGGGACUUUUGAAGAAGAUGAACUAAAAACCUGUUUUUGGAAGCGACUGGGUUGGUCUGAGCCAUCCAGGAUAAUUGUGCUGGAUCAGAGUGACUUGGCAGAAUGACCAGAAUUGGAUCAGAGAAUCUCCUGGCCUGAGUUUGAAUAUCCUGGUUUUGAACUCCCAUCUUCCUUCAGUCACCAUUAAGGUGAUGAUUUGGUAACUCACACUGUGUUUAGCUGCCACAGUGGACAUAAUGUCUUGACCCUGUCUGUUCACAGAAAAGUUAGUCAUUUUUUUUCAGUCAGAUAUCUAAAAAGGAAAAAAAAUAGUUUUGAUUAUAAAAAAAAUUCUCAUUGUACCCAAAUGACUUCUGGUUUUGUUGAUAGAAACUUUUGAAAUAAAAUGUUUACUUUUAAUACCA